CCUCCAGGUGAUCCGGGAAUUCCGGCGAUGAGUCAACCAAUGAUUCCAGGAGAAGCAGGCGAACCCGGAGAUCCAGGACCACCAGGACCACCUGGCCAACCCGGCGAACCAGGAAAGGAUGGUGCACCAGGACCAACAGGACCAAAAGGACCGAGAGGUCCACCUGGCCCAGUUGGAAGUGAUGGCCUUCCGGGACCUCAAGGAUUACCUGGUCAACCAGGCACACCUGGAGAAAAAGGAAUAUGUCCAAAAUAUUGCGCACUUGAUGGUGGCGUUUUCUUCGCAGAUGGCUCAAGACGAUAA